CUACGCUUUCUAAGCAUCUCCAAUUUAAAACACAUUAUUGUUAAUUAAGGCUUCAAUCAUGGCCCUAGCAGCUGCUGUCCUCCUUCUUCUCCUCGCUUCUCCGGUAGCUUUUGCAGCCAAUUACAUCGUCGGUGACGGCAAUGGCUGGAACCAGGGUGUUGAUUACAACAGUUGGACACAGGGGAAAACAUUCAACGUCGGCGACACUCUUUUGUUUACUUACGGCGGCAACCAUGGGGUGGAUGUCGUGGAUAAAAGUGACUACGACAACUGCGUUUCCAGCAAUGCCCUGAAUUCUUAUAGUGACGGGAAUACCACGGUUACCCUGUCCAAAGCAGGAUCAAUGUACUUCAUGUGCCCCACACUUGGUCACUGCUCCAGCGGCAUGAAACUGACCGUCACCGUUGGUUCAGGUUCAAGCACCCCUCCAGGAACAACAACCCCUUCAGGAACAACAACCCCCACUUCCACAAGCAAGAGCGGAGCUGCCCGUGCCUCUGGUAACAUCUAUGGUUUAGUGGUUGGGUUCUUGCUUCUUUUGGGAUCUGUACUCGCCAUCAUGGGCUAGGCAAGAGGCAGUGCUGUUCCUAUGUCAUAUUGUUCACUUGUUCCUAUUUAUUUUUGUUUAAUUUCGAAGUUUGGAGAUUUUUGUUUACUAUUAUUUUAUGAAUAAAUGAUAAUGUAAUCU